GCGGUGUUCAUGCUCACCGGUACAUUUGUCAGGAUAUUUUUGAAUAGGUCCUAGCUUAGCAAGCUUUUUGUCGCGACGACAUAAGAAACUGGAGGUGUGGCAGGUCAUCUGGGGAUCGAGUGACAGACAUCGCUAGGGAGUUAUGGAAAUUUAACAUUAAUAUACCGGUGCAUUCUCUUAGAUUGACUUGGAUAAAGAAGGAUGGAUGUGAAUCGUAACGAUGGUAGUCUGCUACAGCUAGGAGACAGGAUUAUCUUUGAUGACCACUAUGGAACUGUCCGCUACAUUGGGGAAAUCGCAAGUACAAAAGAUUCCUGGAUUGGGGUUGAAUGGGAUGAUUCCUCCAGAGGAAAGCACAAUGGAACGCAUGAAGGCAAACAAUACUUCAGCACUAAUCACCCAACUGGAGGAUCUUUUGUCCGUCCAAAAAAGGUAAAGAUGGGAGUGAGUUUUUACACCGCCUUCCAGGAUCGCUAUGGAGAAGAGCAGGGAGAGGAAGCAGGAGUAAUUACUUCUGAACUCUUUGUUCUUGACAACAACAAGAAAAAGACAGUAGUGGAAAUGGUUGGUGCGAAGUCUGUAAAUAAGAAACAGAGCCAACUGAACAGCCUUGUAGAAGUUGUAGUGCGUGACAUGUCUGUUUAUGGUGUCGGCCCACAUUCAUCUGAGUUAAGGACACAUGGCUGUAGUAUAGCAGAGCUGGAUAUGGCCCACAGUCUUUUGCCAUCUUGGUCUAAAGUGGCAGCCAUCACCGAGUGUCUACCAGGACUGACAAGCCUCAAUGUCAGUGAAAACAAUCUGGUGUUACCAUCUAAUCCAACAGAAUUGGAAUCAGCAUUCCCAGGCUUGAAGGUCCUGUUUCUUAAUAGGAUUACCUACAGCUGGCAACAGAUACUGGAAUGUAGUCUUAUGUUUCCUCUUCUAGAGCAAUUACAUGUUUGUUUUAAUGGCAUCACAAAUUUAUCCAAACCUGAAGGUCACCUACAGAAUCUUACCCUCAUCAACCUGGAAUCUAACAGUGUACAAACAUGGUCACAAGUACUUCAUCUCAGCCAUUUACCCAAGCUAGAAAGCCUGAUCGUGAGCGACAAUCAAAUUGACACCAUUACGUUCCCUGAUGUAGGCUGUGGUGAAACAACACAACACUUCCAAGCCUUGAAGUAUCUCUGUAUAAACCACAACAAUAUAGCAGAGUGGUCUAGUAUCAAUGAGCUCAAUAAAAUGAAAUGUUUAAAAGAACUGAAGAUGAUAAAAAAUCCACUGUUAGACACAGCUGUACCAGAGACAGUGCGUCAACUCAUCGUGGCAAAGAUAUCAGGUCUGGAGCACUGUAACAGGACAAAGGUCACUAAGGAGGAGAGACGUGGGGCAGAGAUUGACUACCUCAAGAGAUUUGGUCAAGUGUGGAUUAAGUGUGGGGGUUCACAGGAUGAAAAUAAAAAUCAACCAAGCUCUGACUUCAUUAAUGAACACCCUCGCUACCAAGAACUUGUCAAAGUGUAUGGACCGCCUGAAAAUUCCGAGAUGCAACAGAAAGAAAAAUCCCUUAAAGACAGCCUGAUCACUGUUACAAUAACCAGUCCUUAUGAUCCUGCCUCGGGUUCCAAACAGAAGAAAAUCCCUGGGACAAUGACAGUACAGAAACUCAAGUCUUUGAUCCAGAAGCUUUUCAAAUGGUAUGAUAGAGAGUUACAACUCUCCUACGAAACAAAAAAGAUGAAACAUGUUGAAGUAGAAUUUGACAAUGAUCUUCGAUCAAUAGGCUUUUAUUCUAUUGAGCCUGGAGACACAAUACUUGUGCGAUGGUAAUCUGACACUUUACAAAUGUGAUACUUAAAAUAAUUGAACACAUCGUACAAUGUUAUAUUGAGGAUAUCAUCCAAGUGUUAUUACUGCAGACAUCAUAAAGUGUGAUUACCAGGACAUUAUACCAGUGUGAUUACCGAGACAUUUUACCAGUGUGUAGGUAAUUGCUAGAGAAACAAUGCAAGUGUGAUGUCAAGAUCUGAAGACAUAUGUACAUCUUCAAAAUCUAAUUAUUCUGUUCCCAAUAUACUUGUCUGGCCAACACACAUGGAACAUGUUAUAAUAUAAUCGAAGGCUUACAGCUGCUUGUCAUUGGAUUUAAUCUAGAUGCUUUGGAAUUAAUGUAGAUAUCUGUACUUUAGAUUUAACUGAGAUAUCUGUACUCAGAUAUAACUGAGAUAUCUGUACUUUAGAUAUAACUUAGAUAUCUGUUCUUUAGAUAUAACUGAGAUAUCUGUACUUUAGAUUUAACUGAGAUAUCUGUACUUUAGAUUUAACUGAGAUAUCUGUACUUUAGAUAUAACUGAGAUAUCUGUACUUUAGAUUUAACUGAGAUAUCUGUACUUUGUAUCUAACUGAGAUAUCUGUACUUUGAAGUAUAGGAGCUGCAUCAACAUCAAGACCAGUUAAUUUUACAAUUGUAUUACUAUGUCAGUUCUCUUGGUAUCAGAGAGAUCACAGAUAUGUACAGAGAGUGGAUUGUGAGACCGGUUCAAUAUUGUUAACAGAACCUUCUGAUUUUGAAGAUGUGACAGGGUGUGUGAUAAUCACACAUCAGAACAAGUGAACUACAUGAAAGUUUGUUUGCUAUAGAAGUAUGAAGGUUGUUGGUAUGAAUCAGAUUAAUUGUGUUUCAUCUUAAUAAUUAAAAGGAAAGUUUGACUAUUAAUGUUGUUCUUCAUAUCAUUCUGGAAAUGUUUUAACACAUGCAUGUAUAUAUAUGGAGUAAUGAAAUAAGUGAUUGAUAAACCUUUAUUUGCUUUGUUAUAUAUGUACUUCCUGCAUAUUUUCCCUUCCUUAGUUGACUAACAUAUAUUCUAUUAUACAAUGUAUUUCAGUUGGGUGUACUCUCUUGAAUUUUAUUAAUUCUAGAUUUCAGUAAUUAAUAAAACAAAGAAACUCCUGACAUUUAAACUUUUUCUCUCCGUGUGUAUUUUUGAACACCAGUUGUUUAUA